UACAGAAAAAUACUUCAAUAAUUCAUUGAAUUAUUUGCAUUUAUUGUGCAGUAUAUGAAUAUCUUCUGAAUACAGCUAUUUUGGCAUAAUAGUGGAGGGGGGUUGUAGAGACGUGAUAGCUGUAAAUGUUUACAGGUAGUGGGGAAACCAUAAACUGUCUUGGAGAAAAAAAAAGUGGAUUCCAUAGGUAAAUGUAAAUAGACCUGUAACAAACAUUGUUAUUGUCCCAUUUGUUUGAGCAAUCAUAUUGCUGCUCUGAAAUACCUCCCCAAUGGUACAGUCUGCAGACAUUUGAUUGCUUACCACUAGAUAUUUUCCACAGAAUUCCUUUGCUCAUUUCCAACCCUUAUAAAACCUGGGAGUAAUGAUAAGGUAAAGAGAGUCAUGUAGCCAAUUUGUGCAAUAUGUCUGCAGGUGCCAGUGUCUAACAGAAAUAACGGACAAGUGUCUCAGUAGCAGUUUGUUUAGAUAGGAGAGGAGGGAUGAUGAUGUCAUUGGCAGCCAUGUUUGUACUCCAAUCAGGAGCUCCCAGGCACUUAUUCUGAAGGGAAAAAUAACAGAGAAGAUUUGAUUUUUUUGUGGUCACAGAAUGUAUAUACUCUGCACAUACUGUGCACAUAACAUGGGGUAAUGAUAAGGAAAAGAGACACAGCUAAUAUUUGUCAUGUAGGCAAUUUGUACAAAAUGGCUGCAGGUGCCAGUGUGUAACGGAAAUAACGGACAAGUGUAUCUGUGUCUCAGUAGCAGCUUAUAUAGAGAGGAGGGGAGGGAUGUUGAUGUCAUUGGCAGCCAUAUUUGUACUCCAGUCAGGAGCUCUCAGGCACAUAUUCUGAAGAAUAAAAUGACAGCAGAGAUUUGAUUUUUCUGUGGUCAAAGAAUGUAUAUACUCUGCACAUACUUUGCACAUAACAUGGGGUCAUUUGUAAUGUAAUUCAGUGAGAGCUGAAAACACCCAUCUGCAUGGCACAUGGAACAGACAAAACACCCCUGCAGGACAGUCCUGAAUGUCAUUAGAGAAGUCCAGGCUUUGCAGUUUAAAUGUACCUCUCGGCUCCCACUUGCUGCCUGCCACUGCUUUGUAACUCGCUAAUCACUGCGGGACAAGGUUUUCUUCAUUUGAAGGAGAGAGGGAAAAUCAGAUGGCCAUGCAUUCCACUGUGCCAUCACUGAUUUAUUUUUUUCAGGGAAAUGGAGGCAGAGAGAUAAGCUGUGUGGGAUCACUUUUUUUUAAAUGAUUUUGUUUUGUAUGGUCAAUGUAUUUGGGGCAUGGCAAUAAUUUGCCAUAAUUUGUGCAGCAGUUAACUGUUUCCCUCUCUCUGAUAUUUAAAUGUUAGGCAGUCGUCUAACUGGAUAUUACUGGGCUCACAGAAAAUUAUUUUUCAGCCCCCCAAAAUGUCUAGAGGUUGACUUGUUUUACUAAUAUUUAUUGAAACUGUAUAUGAAUUAGGGCCUCAUGGGCCCACUAUACUGUACCUCCUGGGCCCCCUGCAGCCACAGGGUGAACAACCCUUUUAAACACUAUACUACAAUAGCACAAGCUGACAACUGAUGUCUAUUUGCAAUUUCUUUUUUCCAGAAGGAGGAAACAUCCAAAAAAGACCUUGCCUUGAAGAGAAAAGGCCCCUUCAACUGAUGGUCACGAGCUACAGUACCCAUGCCGUGCUGGGUCAUGGCGGUUUUGGCACGGUAAUGUUGGCAACUUGUUCCAACAAGAGCCAACCUGUAGCAAUGAAGGUGAUACACAAAGCAGAGAAUAGACAAUCGAUUGCCAAGGAGGUGCGAAUACUGAAGAUGGCUUCUGGAUGCCCAUUCCUCUGUCACGCGCAUGCAGCUUUCCAAACAAAGCUGGCUGCAUGCAUUGUGAUGGAGUAUGCCAGUGGAAACAGCUUGGAGAAAUUCAUAAAGCGCACAGGGAAACUGAAGAUGGACGCUAUAACAUUCUACACAGCAGAGAUCAUAUGCGGCCUGCAGUUCCUCCACGCCAACGGGAUUGUCCAUCGGGACAUCAAACUGGAUAACAUCCUGUUGACCGGCGAGGGACACAUAAAGAUCGCUGACUUUGGUGUGGCUGUAGAGGGAGUGUUUGGCCAGAAGAAAGUUGGAGGCAAGGCUGGAACAGUGCAAUACAUGGCCCCAGAGGUUUUACAACGGAGAGGCUACGAUGCCGGAGCAGACUGGUGGUCGCUAGGAAUUGUCAUCUGUAAAAUGGCCACCGGCAUGACACCAUUCACUUCAUCAGUUAUCCAUGAUGAGCCCCUUUUCCCGAAAUGUCUUGGUGCUGAAAUAAAAGAUCUUCUGCACAAGCUCCUAGAGAAGGACCCAGAGAAGCGUCUUGGCUUUAUUGGAAACAUUCGAGCACAUCCAGUUUUUAAUUCCAUCAACUGGGAGCAGCUGGAACGCCAGGAAGUACCACCACCUCUCUAUCCUGCAGAAUUAACACUAGACAAGAAAUAUUUCAAGCAGCCGAGGAUGCUCAUGGAAGAGGCGGGCAGCGAUUCUUCAAAUGAGAAAAGCAUGGAGUUAUCAUAUCUGAAUGACAGUUGGAAGAGCUGAGCCACUUCAAGAAAGUCAGGUUUCUUUAGCUAUAUUUACCAACCAUUAACAUCAUUUAACCCUGUCAUUUUAUUCUAUCCAGUCUCCAUUGAAGAACAGUGAAGAUGAAAACAUCUGAGCAUUUGAAAAAUCCGGCACCGAGAACCACCUGUCACUGCUUCGUAUGGGUACAUUUCUACAGACAGCCAUUUUUACCUCUUAGAGCCAGCCACCAUCAUUGCCUCUACCUCUGGCCCUUGCCCACCAUCUUUUGGUCUCCAUUUCAUGUCCAUAACAUCAGUCCCUAUGAUUGCCCCAUCUCUGGUUUUCUCCAUCGGCACCCAUCUUUGGCCCUGUCUAUUAGACCUAGAUCUGGUCCUUAUCACCACGCCUCCAUCUUUGGCUCUUGUCCAUCUCUGACUCUUACCAACAGUCUCCAUUUCUUGCCCUAGUUUUGAGUGAGCCCAGAGUUCAAUUGAGAUCAGUUAAGUUUCUUAAGUUCUCAGACCCCCCUUCCCCUGCUCUUUGUGCACCGCCUCUGUUUACUCCUCCCUGCCGCCACUCUCCAC